GAGCUUCGGACCUGCACUUAUUCACACGACCGAAAAGACCUCUAAGAAUUGCGUGCAAUUGCUGUUGCGCAACCUCGAUUUGACGAAUAUUAACUCGCAGGCACCUAUUUCGAAAUUAUUAGGAAAAGAGAUUGCGAUUGGAUAUGACUCCGCGGUAGUCAUUGAGCUUCACAUUCUUCCUCGUCUUCCCGCGUCCUCAAACAGACAAGUGCAUGGCGGACAAUAAGAAUAUACCAGAGCCAUUGGUCUCAUCGCCAUGGAGAAGGUCUCUAUAUGCCGGAGCUGUCGCCGGCUUCACUGUUGACCUCUCCCUAUACCCCCUCGACACCAUCAAAACCCGUCUCCAAAAAGCUCGUCAGAGCGUCUCUUCUGCCGCAACAGAUACACCUCACAAGAUCAAUGCUACUGCCACAAAGCCCCCCGCAUUACGACAGAUAGUUCGAGGCAUAUACGCUGGUCUCCCCUCGGUACUAUUCGGAUCCGCCCCCUCCGCUGCAUUCUUCUUCAUUACCUACGACGGCAUAAAGCGGUAUUUACUUCCGCGAGAUACGCAGACCGCUUCAAAGACGCAGACCUUUAUCGCGCAUUCUACGGCGUCGACGUUUGGUGAGAUUACGGCUUGUAUUAUUCGAGUGCCAACUGAAGUCAUCAAACAGCGCGCGCAAGCCGGUCUAUUUGGAGGUUCGUCAUUACGGGCCUUAACGGAUAUUUUGUCCUUGAGAAAUGAUGGGUCGGGUUAUUUUCAUAUGAUUCGUGAAUUGUAUAGAGGAACGGGGAUUACCAUUGCGAGGGAAAUACCUUUUACAAUUCUUCAGUUUACAAUGUGGGAAGCGAUGAAGAACAGGUAUGCGCGAUGGAGCAACAGCAGGAAUGGUAGCGAUAAUAGCCAUGCUUCCGAGCGUACAGCGUCGGGUCACAUAGCAGCUGCGCCGAGUGCGGUCUUUGGAAGUAUUGCUGGUGGAAUUGCGGCCGGGUUGACGACGCCGUUGGAUGUAAUCAAGACGAGGGUUAUGCUUGCUCGACGCGAAGAGGGGACUGGUGGUACUGCGCAUCGUGUCCGAGUACCGGAUGUUGUGCGUCGGAUUUUGAAGGAAGAAGGGCCUGGUGCUCUUUGGAGGGGGAUUGGUCCUCGUACGACAGCUAUUGCGCUCGGUGGUGCGAUAUUCUUGGGUAGCUACCAGUGGACUUAUAAUACUCUCGAGGGCGGAUAUAGAAAGCGUGAUGUAGAGAUUUAGAAGUCCGAUUGGACGUUUUGGCAUGUACUAUAGAAGAUUAAUCUCGUCUGUAUAAUGUUAGAUGAUGCUUGAAACAUC